AUGAAGACAAUGGCCGCCGCGGUCGAUUCGGUCGCGUGGUGGAUUGAUCGCACGUUCGCCAACGUCUCCAAGCAAAAACGCACGCUGGCCUACAUCGGCACGGCCGACCUGCUCUAUCCCAUCAUCUUGUUCGCGGGCAUCAAAACUGGGUGGAAGACUAUGUUCGUCUCUCCACGAAACCCCACCAUCCAGAACCUUGGCCUGCUCCAACAGGCAGAUGUGUCUGUGCUGCUUUACGGCGAGGCGAUGUGGCCCGUGGCCAAGAAUCUUCGCCAAUUCGACUCUUCUAUUAUUUUCACGCAGGUGCCGCCGUUGGCCGAAGUCCUCGAGUCGCAACCCCCUCCAUACCGAUUUGAACACUCCUUUGCCGAAGUCAAAGACGAAAAAUGUCUCAUCCUCCAUUCCUCGGGGUCAACGGGUCAGCCCAAGCUUGUGGCCCUCACACAUGGCACAUUUUCCUGCACCGAUAGUGACCCCUCUGUCCCCGUCCCCGAGGGACGCCGUCCACAGAAUGCCGCCCAAUUCGACUUCUCUCCGCCGGGGCGUUUCUAUUCCUGCUUCCCUCCCUAUCACCUAGCUGGUGUCCAAGCCUAUAUCAUCUUGCCCACAUUGGCGCACACGGCCACGAUUGUCAUGGGCCCUCCGUCGACACCACCGAGCGGUUUCAUGGUGGAUGCCAUCAUUAAACAACAAGAUUUGCGCGCCAUGUUCAUUCCCCCGUCUAUCAUCGAGCAGUGGACAUCGGGUCCCAACGCCUUUCACCAAGCCGAACGCUUGAACUUUGUCCUUUUUGGUGGAGGGCCACUGGCACCAAGCGUCGGGAACAAAUUGAGCCAAGUCACCGACGUAUGCCAAAUGUAUGGUUCUUUGGAGAUUGGCCAGGUGCAGAUGCUCGUGCCGCAGGCAGGGGAGUGGGAAUACCUCGAGCCCAACCCAGCCGAGGAGUGUGAUAUGCAGGAGGUGGAUGACGGUGUCUUUGAAAUGGUGUUGCACCAAGAUGAAAAGUUCAAGAACCGACGGUCGCUUUCACAUACCUAUCCCGAUGUUAAGACGUGGCGCACAAAGGACUUGUUUGUUCCUCAUCCCACGAAACCGGGGUUGUGGCGGUUCCAUUCCCGCACCGAUGACAUUCUGGUCCUGGCGAGUAGCCACAAGGUGUGGCCCAUUCCCAUGGAAAUGGUCUUGCAAGGGGACCCUUUGGUCGCGGGCGCCUUGAUGGUGGGCAAUGGUCGCCCGGAAGUGCUGCUGCUCAUUGAACCUCGCAAGUCCCCCGAACAGCAAAAGAUGAGCAAGAAAGAAUUCAUCGACGCCAUCUGGCCGUCGAUCGUCAAAGCAAACUCCAUUGCGCCUGAUUAUGGCAAGGUUCGACGAUCGCGAAUCCUUCUCAGCGAUCCCAACCUCGGCUUUUUCAGAACUCCCAAGGGUACCAUUUCGCGCAAACCGACCGAGUCUUUGUAUGCGGAAUACAUUGCUACGGCUUUCAUUGAUGGCGUCUCCGACGAGCAGAGCGAGAUCGGGAUUUUGGAGAAUCACUGGAUGAACGAGACCAAAAACUUCAUCCGGUCAAUCGUCCACGAUAUCCAUUCUGACAACCCACUUGAAGAUACGGAUGACUUCUUUGUUGCCAAGGCCAUGGACUCUCUUACCGUGGUCGAGCUUGGUCAGAAGCUGAGAUUGGGGCUGGUGCGACGCAUGAAGAGAGAGAGCAACACGCUCAACUUCUGGCUGCGCACAAUAUUCGAAAAUCCAUCCAUCGACAGCCUGAGCAAAGCCACUCUUGACAUCACGUUUGGUCAGGGCCAGAGUGAAUUUGGGUACAGAAAAACACAUGGAAUGGAGCAACUACUCGAAGAUCUGACAGCCGACCUCCCUGAACCCGCCACCCCGCGUGCACAGCCGCCCUCUCCCUCCGACGGUGUCAGGGUUGUGCUGCUUGGAUCUCGGGGACGCCUGGGGCCGUUUAUGGUCAAGGACUUCCUCGAUGAUCCUCAAGUAACCAGUCUCAAAUGCCUGGACCGUGGGAACAAUGGCCGGAGCGCCUUCCAGCGACAGGCCAAUGUGCUCGAUCUUCAGAUCAAUCUUGAUGAUCCACGGCUGGAGUUUGUGUCUGUGGAUAUCUCCAAACCUGAUCUCAAUCUUCCGCAAGAGCAACUAAACGACAUCUCCAAGAAUACCAACGUGAUCAUCCACAAUGUCUGGGCUGUCAAUUUUGCGCUCUCGUUGCCGUCCUUUGGGCCGGAGAUUCUUCAGAGUCUCUCCACCACGAUCAAAAUUGCAAAUAAUGCCGCGUCUCGGCCCCGCCUUGUUUUCAUGUCAAGCGUAGGGGCCGUGCAGGGAUGGGCUUCGGCCAUCAGCCCGAAUGUCGCCGUGCCCGAAGAAGUGAUCCGGAGCCCCGAAGUCGCAACGCUGACGGGCUACGCGCAGUCCAAGCACGUCGCAGAGCGACUGCUAGACAUCGCAGGCGAACGGCUCCAAAUCCCAAUCUCUAUUCUCCGACUAGGCCAAGUGGCCGGCCCAACCUCGAUGGGCAACGCCGGCAAGUGGGAAAGCAACGACUGGAUGCACUCGCUCGCCAUCAUGUCCAAGGCCAGCGGGCUGAUCCCGAACGACAUGGGCAGCGUGGACUGGAUCCCCGUCGACAUGGUCUCGCGCGUCGUUCGCGACAUCACCCUCCAAACCCGACAGGACCCCAGCGCCGCUGGCGCCCGUCUGUACAAUCUCGUCCACCCCAGGCCGAUCCCAUUCACGACCUUUGCCGAUGCGCUGCAGGGAUGCAUCUCCUCCGGCCGCCAGGUACCGUUCUCCAAAUGGGUUGAGCUGCUCUCCAAUCUGCCUCCAAACUCGCUGUCCAAGAAUGCCGAGGCCGAGAAGAUCCGCAUCCUGCCGUUCUUCCAGUCCGUCGUCGGUUGCGAAUUCCCGCACUUUGCGCUUCACAAUGCUCAGGCGGCGAGUCCGACCAUGGCCCAGUUGGAGCCGCUGGACCUGAAUCUGUUGCGCAAGUGGUGUCAGCAAUGGACUUGA